GUUAGGUUAAAUUUGUUUUUGCGAACAUUUCUUUCAUCUUUUUAUGCCUUGGUUUUGUUUAAAUAGAGGAGGGUAGGGAUCCAUCAAGCUCAAUAGAGGAAAAUAAUCUCUUCAACCAACUCCUAGAUUUGGUUUCCCAUCAGAGAACUUUCAGUCUCCCAGUACUUCCUUUCCCUUAUUUCAUAAAUUUGAAAUCUUUGAGAGUUUUGGCUAAAGAGCAUUUGCGCAUGAUCUGUUCUCCAAGAAGAAACGGUGCUUUACCGAAAGUUGAGCUGAUACUGAUCUUGUUGGUUGAAAAUCUGAAAAUUCAAUUUUGAAUUAUGUCUUCUACUACUCUGCAAGCACGGACUGGACGCCAUCUGCAGCGUUAUGAGAAUCAUUUCCGGCUUGUUGCUGGGUGCAUACCUUACAGAAUCAACCGAAAUGUUGAGAAAUCUAGUGUUGAUUUGAUGAGUAAGCUGGAGGUUCUUAUGAUAACUUCUCCAAAUCAGCAUGAUCUUGUCUUCCCUAAGGGUGGAUGGGAGAAUGAUGAGGCUAUGGAUGAAGCAGCUAGCCGUGAAGCUUUGGAAGAAGCAGGAGUUCGAGGAAUCAUUCAUGAUUCUCUAUUGGGUGUGUGGGAAUUCAGAAGCAAGAGUAAACAGAAUCUCUGCAGCCAAGAGGGUGCCUGCAGAGGUUACAUGUUUGCUCUUGAAGUUACUGAGGAGCUUGAGUUUUGGCCGGAGCAAUCUACACAUGAUAGGAAAUGGCUAGAUGUAUGGGAGGCAUGGAAGCUGUGCCGUUAUGAUUGGAUGAGGGAAGCUCUGAACUCCAUCUCAAUACUUAUAACUGGAAAGCCAGUCAGAUUGGUUGCUGUACCGGAGAUUUCCGAGUCCACUUCGCUUUUCUGCCUUGUGAAACCUUCUGGGACUGAAUGCGUUGAUAGUGCUAUCAAUGCAUUUUGUUGAUGAGUUUUCUUGUUGCAUGUUAAACCUUUUUUUUUUUUCUCUUUUCAGCGAGUGAAGGUAGAGUUGUACAGUUAUUAGUGUUUAACGACAAGACAUUGUUGUACAACUACUCCUUGUUGCUUGGAAACCAUUAUCAAUGCUUAAAUGAAAGGGCUUUUACUA